UUUAAAGCCCGUUUUGUUUUUUGAGUCUCUUUAAGGAGACAUAGCUCACCUGAGUCACGUCCUGACAGGUGAAUGAUGUCCGCAGAUGGAGAACCUGAGAGCUCGGCUAAAGUUUGGAAACAAAGACGAGGUUGUGAAACUGAGGAGACGGAAAUCUCAGCUGUACUCCAAGGAAGACAAAAGCCUUCUUAACGGUGCGCUGGGCCUUGUUGCGUUCAGGCUGAUCAACUGCUUCCUGGUCCAGACCAGCUUCGUCCCUGAUGAGUACUGGCAGGCCCUGGAGGUGGCCCAUCACAUGGUCUUCAACUAUGGGAAUCUGACCUGGGAGUGGAAAGCAGGACUAAGAGGAUUCACGUACCCUCUCUUCUUUGCAUUCCUCUACAAGAUACUACAUCUGUUGAACUACGACUCGGUCCAUCUCCUGAUUUGGCUUCCGCGAGUCGCUCAAGCCGUCCUGGCUGCGUUUGCUGAUGUCAAAUUCUUCCUCCUCUUCAGAACAAUAGAAACUCACGAUGUUGCGAGAUGGACGUUCUUCUGUCACCUGUGCUCCUGGUUUUCGUGGUUCUGCUGCACCAGGACGCUGACCAACAGCACAGAGACCAUCCUCACCUGUCUGGCUCUUUAUUACUUUCCUCUGCCGGGGUCCAAAACACACAGCAGUAAGAAGUACUUGUCCCUGGUGGCCUUGGCUGUGAUAGUUCGACCCACGGCCCUGAUUGUCUGGUUCCCUCUGCUGAUCUACCAUUUCUGUCAGGAGGAACACAAACUGAGACUCGUCACUCAUAACUACGUUCCCAUCGGGACGCUGGCAGUUGUGAUUUCCGCUCUGAUCGACUGUCUGUUCUACGAAAAGUGGACGCUGGUUCAGUUCAACUUCCUGAAGUUCAACGUCCUCCACGGGGUGGCAGAGUUCUACGGCUCCCACCCCUGGCACUGGUACUUCACUCAAGGGUUCCCCGUCGUGAUCGGGCCCCAUCUUCCGCUCUUUCUUCACGGGUGCACCCUCGCCUUCAGAAAGUACAAAAUCCUGCUGGGAGCUGUUGUGUGGACCCUUGUGGUGUACAGUUUUCUUCCUCACAAGGAGUUCAGGUUCAUCUAUCCCGUCCUGCCUUUCUGCAUGGUCUUCUGUGGGACGUCGCUGGCUCACAUGAAAGCGUGGCGUCGAGCCGCCGCCGCCAGCCUGGUGGCGUCCAACUUGGUUCUGGCUCUGUACACCGGCCUGGUUCACCAGCGGGGCGUCCUGGAUGCGAUGGGCCACGUCCGGGCUCUUUGCGACGUCAGCAGGAACUCGUCCGUCCCACAGCCAGACGUCCUCUUCCUCAUGCCCUGCCACUCAACGCCCUUCUACAGCCACGUGCACUGCCCUCUACAGAUGAGGUUCCUGGAGUGUCCUCCAGACCUGGGAGACCAGGGUUACUUUGACGAGGCCGACCGGUUCUACGACGACCCUCUUCUCUGGCUCAGGACGUCGUUCCCGUACAAAUCCUCCCUCCCAACACACCUGGUUCUGUUCGACAUUUUGGAAAAGGAAAUCUCCACGUUUUUGCAGGGAAACGGUUUUAAAAGGACCGCAGCGAUGUUCCACACUCACGUUCCGGAGGGACGAGUCGGAGGACGCAUCUUUAUUUAUGAAAGGCACUGACAG